GUAUCUUGGUGGGUUUGUUUACAGGCAGAAAGAGCAACUAGCGAUAGAGUAACAAACUUUUGUGAUAUGGACGCGUUACAAAGACACAGGUCUAUGUAUAAAGGCACAACUCCACCAUGGAAGGAAACGUACAGAAAGCGUUGUGUGGAAAGGUUAAAGAACAGCCGGUCGAGGUUACUGGAGAAGUAUCGUCAGAUGGGAGAAACCCCGAAGAGCUCCCUGCUUGUCCAGGAAGUGAUGGAGAUGGAGUGGAACGCCUUACAGUCUGCCAACCAAAGACUGCCUUCGUUAUGGAACAAGGAUGGCAUCAGUGAUAUGUACAGAGAUACGCAGGAACAGGAUGAACUAGCUGUACUGGAGGAAAUCCAACAGGAACUCGUAUCUCAAGAGCUUACUAUCAUUGAGGAAUACCACAAAAGCCUGCAGUAUGAAGAAAAAUAUCUCGAUUCGGUUGUGGAUGAAAUGGAGGACGAAGGAAAGCUCAUCUGUCCCGUAUGUCAUGCGAAUAACCUGACUGUGAACAGCCAUUUUACAUCAUGUCCAUGUGGCCUUUAUAUCAACACAUUGGGAAGAAAAAUAACACCAGAUGUACUCAAGCAUCUGCUUGAGUCGAGAGUCACAGAACAUAUGGAGGACUGCCUUCAGAACCCCGUAUUCUCAGAAGCCUCAAAUGUGGAUGGAUCACGCACCCUUCUGAUAAGCUGCAAGGUGUGUGAUUAUCUCGCCAUUGUCCUGUGAGUGACUCCAGUACAGCAGCCAUCGUGUUUUUUUUUUUUUUUUUUUUAGUGUUUGUUUUUAACUUAUGUGAAAAUAAAGAGAUUACUUAUUUAGCAUGUUUUUAAUGUGCUGCCAUUCUAUAACAUAAAAAAAGGGUUAAGCCAACCUUAAACCUCUUCCCAUGCAGUGAACAUUGUUUGAUGUGGUGUAUCCAGAAUGCUGCACUGAUCUACAGGUAGCCUGGAUUAUGACUUAAGGGUUUUGUUUAGUGGAAUUUAACACUGACAUGCUAAAUGGAUAGGGUCUGGUACCCAUCAUCACAUGAAAUAUAUGCUUUAAACAUUAAUGUACUGUGCUAAAGUCUUGAGCUAUGUCAUUAUAGUUUGCUUUCAAAGAGCCAGACUUUUUUGGCUCUCUUUCAGUGUAGUUUCUGUAUCUGACCAGUUUCGGAGGAAGAAUUUUUGUAGAAGCCACACAGUGACCUAUCAAUAAUUUAAGCACAAAGAAACACCUAACUUAAGACAUGAAACAGUGAGAAACGGGUGCAGAUGACGGGUGCAAAUGAUCAGGCCAGUGAUUACUAAAUUGGUGAUGAAUGAGGAGUGGUUGAAAUGGAUGAAAAAUGAGGUUGCUUCUGAAGUUGUUGCAUAAAACAUCAAAUUUUUAAUAAUUAUUUAAAAUAAAGUUAUGAGGGGUGGCUCAAGUACUGAACAUUGUAUUUUUUUUUUUAAUUGGAAACAUUUACUUAGCACUUCAAAUCUAUCACACAUAUUUAGGAAAUUUAUUCUCAGCACAUCAUUUCCAUGUAGAAAUAAUUGUUAGAAUAUAAGGAUUCGUUUCCUUUCCUUUCAAACUUUGCAAAAUUCUCUAGUUUAUCCCUAACACAGAUUAAGCCCUGCUCUGGACUGAGGGUUUUUAACAUCACUAUUGUUUAAAUUAACAGCUCAACAUGUGCAUUCACAACUGUAUAC